CAGACAGCUUGCACAGCGAUGCGGCAGCUGACCGUGUAGCCUUUCUCUCCUCCUUCAGCCCAGAAGAGGACAAGGCUAUCAUGCGGAAAGUUGACAGGAGAUUUCUGUGGCUUAUCGGGAUGAUGUACAUCAUUAAGAACAUCGACUAUUCAAAUGCAGCCAGCGUCAAAGUCCUACAAUUGGGCAAGCCUUCGAAUAUCUUGGUCCAGCUUAAUAUGACAGCUGAUCAGUACAACUGGGUCCAGUCAAUCUACUUUAUUAGCUACAUCGUUUUCGAAGUUCCCAGCAACCUCUUGCUAAAGAAGGUCUCACCGCGAAACUGGCAAUUCCGCAUCAUUUUCUCCUGGGGGGCAGUCCUAGCCUGUCAUGCAGCAGUCAAGAACAGGCAAGGUCUAUAUGCCGCCCGAUUCUUCCUUGGGUUGAUGGAGGCAGGGAUGUUCCCCGGAAUAGCGGCUCAGCUGUGCAGUUGGUACCGCAGUGACGAGAUGGGCAAGCCAAUCAUGUGGAUGUUCGGCUUCCAGAACUGUUCCGGGAUUGUGGGUUCCCUUCUCGCAUAUGGCAUCUCCUACAUGGACGGGAUGCGCGGCAUGAGUGCUUGGCAAUGGGUGUAUCUCCUGGAGGGCGUUGCCACCAUGGUAUUCUCCAUCGUCGUAUUCUUCGUGCUUCCUGAUUACCCAAAAUCACCACGUUCAAACUCAUGGCUCACGCCGAGAGAGCAAGAGUAUCUGGAGGCAAGACUUUCAGAGAAUGCACCGAGGACUGAGGAUGCAGCAUUUAGUAAGAGCGAGAUCAUUGCCUCCCUACGCAAUCCACGGACCUAUUCUUUCAUGCUGUCGCAACUUCUCCUCAACCUCGGUGGAUAUGGUUUGAGUUGGCAAUUACCUACCGUGACGACCAGUCUCGGAUUCGCGGGCCUUCCAAGGAACCAGCUGCUCAACAUCCCCCCUUCUGCAGCAUCUGUGCUUGCAAUUAUCUUCGCGGGAUGGUUCUUGGACCGCGCAUACAUGACACGCCCUGCGUUCAUCAUGUGGAUCUGCGCCGGCGCUUUGGCUUUCUUUAUUGUCCUUGCUGCUACGACGGAGAAGUAUGCUGUGUACGUAGCUUGCGUUCUGGGCACCAUGUUCUACUCCGUCUACUUUAUCCCUUUCUGGGCCUGGCGUUCCUCAUCACUUACGGGCACCACGGGCACAGCAUUCACACUAGCCUUCCAAUCCUGUGUUGGACAGGUCGGUGGUGCCGUUGGACCACAGAUGUUCAAAUCGCGUUACGCCUACAACGGGUACAAACUACCUUUUGGUAUUUGUGCAGGUGCCAUUGGGUUUGGCUGGCUUGCUAACGUUUGGACAUGGUGGCUUACGCGCAACAUCGAAUAUGAUGUAAUGAGGAUCAGGAGACUUAGGAUCAAGGCCGAGAAAAAUGGAAGACUGUUUGCGGAGGAUGAUGUCAAAGUAUUUGAGGAAAGGGAAUUCUACGGGAAGGGUUUAGUCAAGAAAUCAGAUAUAGAAACAGCGGUGUAGGGCCGUAGUGUCUGGGGUGGUAAAUAGAACAAAAGCAUGUAAUACACUGUCUAAUAUAUUAUAGAGAUAUGCAC